UUGCUUCGGAUGCCUCGGUUGCUUCGACCAUUUCAGCAUCUGAAGCCUCAGCCGCGUCGGUGGCGUCGACUCAAUCUGCCUCUGCUGCAUCGUUUGCUUCGGAUGCCUCGGUUGCUUCGACCAUUUCAGCAUCUGAAGCCUCAGCCGCGUCGGUGGCGUCGACUCAAUCUGCCUCUGCUGCAUCGGUUGCUUCGGAUGCCUCGGUUGCUUCGACCAUUUCAGCAUCUGAAGCCUCAGCCGCGUCAGUCGCGUCGACUCAAUCUGCCUCUGCUGCAUCGGUUGCUUCGGAUGCCUCGGUUGCUUCGACCAUUUCAGCAUCUGAAGCCUCAGCCGCGUCGGUGGCGUCGACUCAAUCUGCCUCUGCUGCAUCGGUUGCUUCGGAUGCCUCGGUUGCUUCGACCAUUUCAGCAUCUGAAGCCUCAGCCGCGUCAGUCGCGUCGACUCAAUCUGCUUCUGCUGCAUCGGUUGCUUCGGAUGCCUCGGUUGCUUCGACCAUUUCAG